ACGGUGCGACGAAGGUCCCAGACCAGCAGACCAUGAGCACGGUGGCCAAGGAGUUCAGGCUGAGGAAGGGCCUGAUCGACGUUCGCGUGCUGAGGCAGGACGAGGCGGUUCCCCCGCCUCGCGGAGCUGUGCGACGCAUCUACGCCAUGUACACCGACAAGGGCGUGCUCGCCGACUUCUCUGACGCCGACGCGGACGACCCGAACUCCGCGACGGUCGAGCUCGCCACGAGGUAUCCAGACGACGCGGUGGUCGCGAUCUACGUGAAGAAGCAUUCAGGCCUGACGAUCGUGAAGCAGACGCAGUACAUCGAGAUCUACAUCGCGAAGCUGGACUGCGUCGUGUGCAAGGAGCUCGGCAGGCCCAAUGAUGCGAGGUCGGCCAUCCUGGAGCUCUCGACGGAGUUCAACGAGGGCGUGUCUCUGGACGAAGCCAAAGUGGUUCUCUCAGACAUGACACGGUUGAUGGUGAUGCCGAUCCUGGAUGGGGCCGAGUGGAACGGGCUAUCGAUUAAGGCCGAAUUCCAGCGCCAAAGCCGCGACGUGCAACUCACCAAGAGUGACGACCCAUCCGUGUGGACUUCGGUGAUAACGAGCACGCGCAACGACCGCAUCCGACGGAAUGGUUUCACGCCCUACCAAUACGUGCUGGGGCGAUCGCCCAACGCCUCGGCCUCGCUGUCCGAAGCGAUGGAGGGCCAUCAGAGGCAGCUGGCGGCGCAGAGCGCAGCACUCUUCGAGGAUGGCCCCAGGAAGGCCGAGAAGUAUCGCGCUGCGGCGAACCGACCGUUUUUCGAGCUGGACAGCGGCGACGCCGUGAGAAGGGCCACGGUUGGUCGGGUUCGCCUGCCGCGCGGGCCCUUCGUGUCGGGCCAGCUGGCAUUCUACUGGCGCGAGGUGCAGCGCGUCAAGUCGAAGCGGCUCCAGGGCGAGCGCGGGCGGCGCGGCCAGGCCACUGUGCUGGCGGCCGAGGGCCACGUUGGGCUGCGCCUCAACUACCGCGGGGCGCAGGUGCUCGCGACGCCCGAGCAGGUGCGGCAUGCCUCUCGCGGCGAAGCCGAGAUUGUGGAGAACGAGGACCUCGCCAGGGCGCUGCCGCAGUGGCGCGGAGGGCCUGCCCUUCAGAAAGGCUUCGUGGACGAGCUCGGGCCUGGGCCUGACGGGAGUGGUGGCCAGCGCGACAGGCGUCGCAAGAAGGGCGACGGCGACUCAGACAAUGAGGGCGCCAUGGGCGACGCGCCGGCGACCAAGACGCCGCGGGAGCGCGCCGCGGACCUUCGCAGCAACGACCUGAGCAAGAAGGACGGCCAGAACCUGCGCCACAAACUGGCUCUCGAGGGCCCCUCUACAAGCGAUCACUACCUAACGGCUUCGAAGCAGAUCGCAAACGACUUCGCGUGCGUCGCGAAGGUGCAGAAUCGCUCGAGGGACGCAUUUGCGGCAAGGCGGACUGACGCUGCGAAGAAGCAGGGUGCCCCGAAGAAAGCUCGGGAGCUGCGCGGCAUUCCGCCAAAAUGGAAGACGGCAUUCGAGGCGAGCGACCCGGAAGAGUGGCGUAAGUGGAUUCAGUACGACGCUGUGAAGUGGCCGAAGAGGAGCUCGCGGGCGUCGAGAAGGCGGACAUCCUGCCCACGAGGCGCGCCCGCACAGACAAACGAGUCGCGGAACAUCGUCCCAGGCCACAAGGAUAUGCAGUUGCUCGCGGGCGAGUUGCAGACGAACGCGCCGACGCUCACCGACGCGGCCGCGGCGGUGAUCACCCGGGAAGCUGCCGGCCAGCCUGGCUGGAGCCUCGAGCAGGGCGACGUAGUUUCGGCAUUUCUGAAUGGGAGAUAUCUCGAAAGCCCCAGGCGCGUGUACUUCCGCGUUCCCAAGGACGGCGCGCCUGCGGUGCCGGAGCUGGGGUGGCCGUUCGCCCCGGAAGAGACUACCCUGAAAGCGAAGGAGGGCAUCUACGGGUUGAACGCUGCACCUCUGUUGUGGCACGAAGAGCAUCGCGAUGUCAUCCUAUCGCUUCCCGGGGCUUCGAGCUCCAAGCUGCGCCCAGCCCCCUACGUCCUCCGCGACGAGAGGGGGGUGCUGAUCGGUCUGAUCGGGACACGCGUCGAUGGCGACCUCGUCGCGGGAUCGCCCGAGUUCUUAGCGAAUCAGGUGGCCAAGCUGAGGAAGGUGCACUGCUGCGGCAUGUGGCAGACGGCGAAGGUGGGGUUCCACCACUGCGGGCGCUUCCUCAUGCAGAACCGCACGGAGAACAUCGAGAAGAUUCCCAUCUCGGCCGAGCGUCGGAAGGCUAAGGGGGCGAAGGCCACGGCGGAGGAAAGGGCUAUGCUCCACAGUGGCAACGGCCAGAUCCAGUGGCUGGUCCGUUCUACGAGGAUGGAUUUGGCGUUCCGGCUGGUGGGCAGCCAAGCUCGGGCUCGCGACAGCGACUUGAAGGCGCAAGACCUGCUGGACUACAACGAGCUCGCGAGCGACGCCAAGACCGACCACGUGGACAUAACGUCUCAGAAAAUAAACGUGGACCGCGUGAUUGUGGCGGCAGUGGGGGACUCGAGCCACGGCAACGUGGGCAAGACGAAGACCGCUAGCCAGGCGGGCCUGGUCGUCUUGCUCGCGGACAACACCGACGAUCAGUUCCUACGCGGGCAGCCUGCUAAGGUUACCCCGACGCUGCGGCGAUCGCAUCGCAUCAAGCGAGUGGCACGGAGUACACUGGGGGCUGAAGCGAUGGCAGCGCUGGAAGCGGUCGAGAGAGGCGACGUGCUGAGGCAGCACCUGGUGGAGUUGCACCAUGCGCUGGGCUACCAAACCCGCAUGGGCGACGUAGAGGCGGUCAAGAUGGUGGAGGUCGCGGGAUGCAAGUCGCUCUACGACCUGCUCCAGAUGCGAAAGGCGGCCCCGGCCGGCAAGCGGCUGCACGCCGACGUCGAAUCGCUCAGGAAGGACAUUGAGUUCAACGGCGUGGGCGACUACAUGAGGCACGUGCUCCGAACGGGCGAGCGCCGCUUGACGGAGGACCCCAUGGCAGAGCAAGUGAUCUCCGAGCAACGGAUGGAGCUGAAGGGUCGCAGGGGCGAGUGCUACCGCUCGAAACAUCCGCGUCGGCAUCGGCCUGCCGACCAGCCUCUCGCACGGAAAGGCUACGCAUACUUCGGGGACUGCGUCGCGGACCUGGGGCGCAAUGCGCACGCGGCCCGGCAUGCCCCCAAGUGCUAUCUCCAUUGGCAGAUAAUGCUCGGCCUGCGCGAGGUCGGUAUCUACUGCGAGAAGCUCGAAGACAUG